GCGGCUGGCUUUGCGCGAGACAAGAGUUGCUGAACCGAGGGUCCCAUCUGAUCAUUGACUCAGGAGAGACCAGCCAAGUCUGGAAAGCUCAAGCACCUCUCUUCCAAUCCCCUUCCGCUUGGAAAUCGCCUUUUAGCACGAUUAGUGCUACACCAGGAUUCUCUGCAAAAGCUCACAGAGGGCCGGCAAAAUUUCUUUCCUUGAGGAUCUUGAGUGUGAGGAGGCAGAAAGAAUGGGCGCUGGUGCGAGUGCCGAGGACAAAAAGUCAAAGGAGUUGGAAAAGCAACUCCAGGAGGAUGCCGACAAGGACUCGAAAACGGUCAAGCUUCUGUUGCUUGGUGCUGGCGAGUCUGGCAAAAGCACCAUUGUCAAGCAAAUGAAGAUUUUGCAUCAAGGUGGUUACACAAAAGAGGAACAGUUGGAAUUCAGAUCCAUCAUCUAUGGCAACAUCCUGCAGUCUGCUCUGGCUAUCAUCAGAGGCAUGGAGAUGCUGGGGAUUGAUUUUGGCGCUCCCUCUGCACAGGAGAAUGCACAAAAACUGCAGAACUUGUCCGACUCCAUCGAGGAAGGCACAAUGCCUCCCGAACUGGCUGACGUCAUCCAGAAGCUGUGGAAGGACUCUGGUGUGCAGGCCGGGUUUGAAAGAGCAGCUGAGUACCAACUCAACGACUCGGCCGGCUACUACCUCAACGAAAUGGACAGAAUCUGUAAACCGGACUACCUCCCCACCGAGCAGGACGUGCUGCGAUCUCGAGUCAAGACAACUGGUAUCAUUGAAGAACAGUUCUCCUGCAAAGAGCUUCACUUCCGGAUGUUUGAUGUGGGAGGCCAGAGGUCCGAGAGAAAGAAGUGGAUCCAUUGUUUCGAGGGCGUGACGUGUAUCAUUUUUUGUGGCGCCCUCAGCGCAUACGACAUGGUGCUGGUAGAGGACGAUGAAGUGAACCGAAUGCACGAGUCCCUCCAUUUAUUCAACAGUAUCUGCAACCACAGGUUCUUUGCGCUGACCUCCAUCGUUCUGUUCCUCAACAAGAAGGAUCUUUUUGAGGAGAAGAUCAAGAAGGUGCACCUGAGCAUCUGCUUCCCGGACUAUGAUGGCCCCAAUACGUACGACGACGCCAGCAACUACAUCAAGUCGCAGUUUGAGGAGCUGAACAUGAAGAAAGGCGUGAAAGAAAUCUACUCCCACCUGACCUGUGCCACAGACACAAAGAACGUUGAAAUUGUGUUCAACGCUGUCACAGACAUCAUUAUCAAGGAGAACCUUAAGGACUGCGGUCUCUUCUAAGCGGCCCCAAAGUCGUAUGUAGGUGAGGACCCAGACAUGACACGGCGCACAUAAUUCAGUCGGAGUCUUGUCUCAAAAAGUGAGGGGCCAUUAAUAACUGCAGAAGAUGAGGAAGAGCAUCGGAUAUGAGGUGAUGACAUAUGAUCUCGACAUCAAAAUCUGUUUUUUUUUGGCUCAUGAAUCCAAAUGGGAAAGAAAUUAAAUCAACUGUUGGUAAUGGGACAGCAGUGAAAAAUAUUAGCUGCGCAUUCAGAUGAACAAGGAGAAGAAAACGGAGUAUUAGCAUUAGCAUGAUAAAUCAGUCACGGUUGCUAGUGAGAAAAUGUAAAAAAAGGCACCGCCCCCCCCCCCCUAAAAAAAGAGUCCAGUGUCUAAUUCUAGUAAACCUAUAAAUUAGGGCGCUCCUUUUCACCAAGAAAGUUUCUCGGUUAUUCAGGGGCCUCAUUUUCCAACAAGAAAAGCAUCACGUUGUGUCCUUUGUUGUACUUUUCAGGUAGGCCAAGGGUGGUUAAACAUUUGAUGGUUAAGGGCCACCUUGAUUUUUAAAACAGACAGACGAGCCACAGGUCAUCCGGAGAUGACGUUAAAAGAAAAUAAAACAAAAGAACAGAGUUAAAUAUGCGCACAUAAAAUAUGACGCGAAAUUGUUCAUUUUAACAUUGUAAUAAUAAGAUAUUUAUUGUAUAACCUUUUCUGCAGCUCACUUGAUGAAAUAAAAUGGAGUAAAUUCACCACAGCAUUUUUUUCAGCGCAGAGCCGUGGCCUCGAUCUCCAUAUUGGAUGCCAAUGGGCCCUCUUUCCACAGUUGUAGCGGAUUGAAACAAUUGGCAGGGUCGAAAACGCCAAAUUUGAAGACUGUACAGUAUAUUUGAGCAAAACUAUUGGAACUGAAUUUGUGCUUUGCCUUGUCUUUGCAGAACUUCACUCUGUCCCUCACGUACUGGCAUUAACUGAAAUGUGUACCACUGGAGCAGCAAGGAUUCUUUCUAUUCAUUGCGUUCAUGCCGAGUGACUGUCCCAUUUAACAUUUUUCCUGCCACACAGCAGCGCACGUCCAAUCGGGUCGACACUCCCGACCUGAUGGACAUUCACGUUUUUACUGGUUCCUCAGUUGCAAAAAAACCCCAAACAAACAGGAAUUUGAAGAAGCCCCUCAUUGCUUCCUUUGCGAAUUUCCCGCCAGUUUGAUUAGGAAUAAGGUAUUUUGAAUGAAAAAAGACAAUGAACCCAGAGUUAAAGAAUAAUGUUUUUGUGUAGCAUCAUGGCAUCCUUUGUUUUUGUUUUUUUUUUUGAGUACCGUAGUCUCUGUGGUCUUGAUAUUACUGUAAAAUGUUGCCGGGGGCAAACAUGUGAAAUGAUUCGCCGUGCUUGCAGAAUGACCAGAUUACAAACGUGUAUCUCAUUUAAAAUAGUGCUGAUGUUUUCGAUACACCUGACAUUAUAAGGAGGAAAAAAUACAUUUCUGAUAUGCGAACAUGUUAGAGAAACAUUGUACAUAGUUAAUUCAUAACUGCUUUGAACAAUAAUAAAAUGCACGUUAUAUAUACUGUAUAUGCUUUAUGAUAAAAGGGAAUGAAAAUUGACAGUUUGUCCUUUCUUAUGAAAUGUAGAGGCAUCAAUUAAAGCUGCAUCCCGCAUCUCUCUC